UUCAAACUGCGUGUGCUUGUGUGUGUGAGAGAGUGAGUUGAAGAGAAGGAGCUCAGCCAGUGUUGAAAAGUGGGGAAAGUGCGAUCUUAGUAGCCACACUAGUUGUCCCGGUCGCACUUUAGCAAAUGUCAAAGUCUGUUCAGUAGAAAGACAGUAUUGUGGCUAAGAAAAGGCGAAUCAGCGACAAAAUUAGCCACUACGUAUAGAUUAGGCCAACAAAAAUACAUAACGAAUCUCUGUGUUCUUCCAAAUGGAGCCGGCCAAGGAUUUUGUAAGGGCCAAGUACCAGGACUUAUGUAACUUCCUGGAGCGGGACACGCGCGGCAGCGAGCUGGCCAUCUACGGCACCUCGGCGCUGAUGCUGGCCGUGGCCUAUGUGAAGCGGAAGCCCGCCUACCUGGUGCGCCAGUUUAAGCAGCCCUCGCACAUCCCGGAGCGCUUGAUCAGCGAGCGCGUGAUGCACACGGGCAGGAUUGCGGGCGUGAAGCAGCAGGAGCAGGACACUCUGCUGAUGAUCCAGCACCGCCCUCUGAUCCCGAUCUUCACCAGCCGGCGGCGUCUGCUGCCCGUAAAGCUUCCCGGCGUGCGAGUGAAUGCCAACGGGUACUCCUGGCUGCAGCAGUGCCUCGUCGGCCGCGAGGCCACCUUCCUGCCACUGAAGUCCGCCAAGGGGCAAGACUUUGUCGUUUGCCAGCUGUGCUUGGUCCACCCGCCCAAGGGCAACCAACUUCUGGACGUCUCGGAGACCCUGCUCAAGCUUCGCUUUGCUCGAUUCGCCCAGGAUGCCGCCGCCGCUGUGAAGAGGAACGGAAAGUACUACCAGCACCUGAAGAAGGUGGAGCGCUCCACCGCUGAGAAGGAAGCCUGGCUGUCCUGGGCCUCCGGCUAUCCGUACAUCUGGCGGCGCUACCACGAACUGAAACAGCGCUUGCUGCCCAAGGAGAAGCUGCUCCCGGAGCUAGUGCGCUGAUCCAGAUCUCCAAGAUCCUGCCUUUUACUUAGCUGUAGGGUUAGCUUCCCACCUUUAACAUAGUUGUAGGGCUAGCUACUCCCUACUUUCGCCAAAUGUGCUUUUUUCACUAACUUGUGCUCUUUUUUUGUGCUUUUUUUUUUGUAAAUUAGCUGUUUAAACAGAACCGAAAUCCUUUUGCCAAGAAAACACUUAAGAUGAAAUACGCAAGACAGUCUUGAAAGUACAUUAGUUAUAGGACUAGCUAGCCACUAACCAAACGAAAAAACGACAAUUGAUGCCCUGGCGGUACGUGAUCGAGUGCUAAUUUCCACACCCAGUAAAGCCUCAGCGUUAGCAUUUUUCUAAAUGUUCAAAAUAAACAAAAUGUUUUUAUCACGGAUGACAUCAGUGCGUGUGCCUGUGUGUGUACGUGUACGUGUGCGUGCAAGUUUUCCAAAUAAAACGAUUGAAUACCUAA